GACAGCGAGCGGGCCGGAGCGCGGCCGGGCCGAGGAGCGCCGCCGCCGUCGGGCGCGAAGCUCUGCAGCGCCGCGAACGCCUCGGCGCCCGCAGCCCCAGGAGCCCGGCGUCCCCGCAUUGUCCCCGGCCCCGUCGCGGAGAUCAGAUGGCUGUGUUCCAGAUAUUAACGUUUUCGGAAGCCUGACCUCCACACGGAAUUUCCAGUUGACCCAGUUUAAGUGUCUUCUGCACAAAUCUCAUAGUGUUUUACUGAUCUGCUCGGCAUUAUAAUUGAAGAAGGGGACUGUGUUACCUGUGUCCUUUCAGAAAGCUUGUUCAUUGCACGGUUUUUGGCACAUCCUCAGAGACUCAGGUGAGACCAUGAUGGCCUCCCCGAGGGGCAGGUGCUGAGACCUCUCCCCAGUCCCCGUCACCGUUCAUCCUGACGCCAUUUCCAGUCUCAGUAUCUAAAUGCCACAGUGCUCUUCUGGCAAGUUGGGCUGGGAACCCCUGUUGCCUUGUAAGACCAUAAAACCAUGGGAAACGCAGAAAGUCAAAAUGUAGAGCAUGAGUUUUAUGGAGAAAAGCAUGCCAGCCUGGGGCGCAAGCACACGUCGCGCUCACUGCGCCUGUCGCACAAGGCACGGCGGACGAGGCACGCGUCCUCGGGGAAGGUGAUCCACAGGAACUCCGAAGUGAGCACGCGAUCCAGCAGCACGCCCAGCAUCCCCCAGUCCCUGGCUGAAAAUGGCCUGGAGCCCUUCUCCCAGGAAGGCACCCUAGAGGACUUCGGGACCCCCAUUUGGGUGGACCGAGUGGAUAUGGGCUUGAGACCCGUGUCGUACACCGAUUCUUCCAUCCCUCCCAGCGUAGAGAGCAGCAUCGUCCUCACAGCCGCCUCUGUGCAGAGCAUGCCCGACUCGGAGGAGAGCCGGCUUUACGGGGAUGACGCUACGUACUUGGCUGACGGGGGCAGGAGGCAGCGUCCCUAUACAUCCAAUGGGCCCACGUUCAUGGAGACGGCGAGCUUUAAGAAGAAACGCUCCAAAUCUGCAGACAUCUGGCGGGAGGACAGCCUGGAAUUCUCACUCUCUGAUCUGAGCCAAGAACAUUUAACAAGCAACGAAGAGAUCUUGGGUUCCACCGAAGAGAAAGACUGCGAGGAGGCUCGGGGGAUGGAACCCCGGGUGAGCCCCCGGCAGCUCAGCACCUGUCAGCGUGCCAAUUCCCUGGGUGACCUGUAUGCUCAGAAAAACUCCGGGGUGACGGCAAACGGGGGGCCCAGGAGCAAAUUUGCAGGCUACUGCCGGAAUCUGGUGUCUGAUAUUCCCGAUCUUGCAAACCGUAAGAUGCCACCAGCUGCUGCCGAAGAGUCUCUUCCGUAUAGUAAUUAUAACACACUUCCCUGUAGGAAAUCUCACUGUCUUUCUGAAGGUGCCACCAACCCACAAAUUAGCCAUAGCAACAGCAUGCAAGGCAGAAGAGCAAAAACAACUCAGGAUGUUAAUGCCGGCGAGGGCAGUGAGUUUGCGGACAGUGGGAUCGAAGGGGCCACCACCGACACGGACCUCCUGUCCAGGCGAUCCAAUGCCACCAACUCCAGCUACUCGCCCCCCACCGGCCGCGCCUUCGUGGGCAGCGACAGCGGCAGCAGCUCCACCGGGGAUGCGGCCCGCCAGGGGGUGUACGAGAAUUUCCGUCGGGAGCUGGAGAUGAGCACCACCAACAGCGAGAGCCUGGAGGAGGCGGGCUCGGCGCACAGCGACGAGCAGAGCAGCGGCACCCUGAGCUCCCCCGGCCAGUCCGACAUCCUGCUCACGGCAGCGCAGGGCACGGUGCGCAAGGCCGGGGCGCUGGCCGUCAAGAACUUCCUGGUGCACAAGAAGAACAAGAAGGUGGAGUCGGCCACCCGGCGGAAGUGGAAGCACUACUGGGUGUCCUUGAAAGGGUGCACACUCUUUUUCUACGAGAGCGACGGCAGGUCUGGAAUAGACCACAACAGCAUCCCUAAGCACGCCGUCUGGGUGGAGAACAGCAUUGUGCAGGCUGUGCCCGAGCACCCCAAGAAGGACUUCGUCUUCUGCCUCAGCAAUUCUCUGGGUGACGCCUUCCUCUUUCAGACCACCAGCCAGACGGAGCUGGAGAACUGGAUCACGGCCAUCCACUCCGCCUGCGCAGCCGCCGUCGCAAGACACCACCACAAGGAAGACACGCUCCGGCUCCUCAAGUCCGAAAUCAAAAAACUGGAACAGAAGAUUGAUAUGGAUGAAAAGAUGAAGAAAAUGGGUGAAAUGCAGCUGUCUUCAGUCACUGAUUCAAAGAAGAAGAAAACCAUAUUAGAUCAGAUCUUUGUUUGGGAGCAAAAUCUUGAACAGUUCCAAAUGGACCUAUUUCGUUACCGCUGUUACUUAGCUAGCCUCCAAGGUGGGGAACUGCCAAACCCCAAAAGGCUACUUGCUUUUGCAAGCCGACCAACGAAGGUGGCAAUGGGCCGUCUUGGGAUCUUUUCUGUAUCAUCCUUUCAUGCCCUGGUGGCAGCUCGCACUGGUGAGACUGGAGUGAGACGUCGUACUCAGGCCAUGUCCAGAUCUGCAAGCAAGCGAAGGAGCAGGUUUUCUUCCCUUUGGGGUCUGGACACUACCUCCAAAAAGAAGCAGGGGCGCCCCAGCAUCAAUCAGGUGUUCGGUGAGGGAACUGAUGCUGUAAAGAAAUCUUUAGAGGGAAUAUUUGAUGACACUGUUCCAGAUGGCAAGAGGGAAAAAGAAAUGGUCUUGCCCAGCGUCCACCAGCACAAUCCUGACUGCGACAUUUGGGUCCAUGAGUAUUUCACUCCAUCCUGGUUCUGUCUGCCAAAUAAUCAGCCAGCCCUCACAGUCGUCCGGCCCGGGGACACUGCCCGGGACACCCUGGAGCUGAUCUGCAAGACACAUCAACUGGAUCAUUCUGCUCAUUACCUGCGUCUGAAAUUUCUAAUAGAAAACAAAAUGCAACACUACGUUCCGAACCCCGAGGAGGACAUUUAUGAGCUGCUGUACAAAGAAAUUGAAAUCUGUCCAAAAGUCACCCGGAACAUCCAGAUUGAGAAGUCAGAUACAGCCAGUGAUAAUUACGGGUUUUCACUUUCCUCUGUGGAAGAAGAUGGUGUUCGAAGGCUCUAUGUGAAUAGUGUCAAGGAAACUGGUUUAGCUUCCAAGAAGGGCCUGAAAGCGGGAGAUGAGAUUCUCGAGAUCAAUAAUCGUGCUGCAGGCACCCUGAACUCCUCCGUGCUCAAAGAUUUCCUCACGCAGCCGUCCCUGGGCCUCCUGGUGCGGACCUACCCGGAGCCGGAGGGAGGCGUGGAGCUGCUCGACUGCCCGCCCCACCGCGCCGACGGCCCUGUGGACCUCAGCGAGAGCCCCUUGGCCUUUCUCAGCAGCAAUCCAGGACACGGCCUCUGCAGCGAGCAGGGCAGUAGCGCCGAGACCGCUCCGGAGGAGACCGAAGGGCCGGACUUGGAAUCCUCAGAUGAAACUGAUCACAGCAGCAAGAGCACAGAACAGGUGGCCGCGUUUUGCCGCAGUCUGCAUGAGAUGAACCCCUCUGACCUGAGCCCAUCUCCUCAGGACACCACGGGGCCUCAGCUGGCCACCAUGAGGCAGCUCACGGACGCUGACAAGCUGCGCAAGGUGAUCUGCGAGCUCCUGGAGACGGAGCGCACCUAUGUGAAAGACUUAAACUGUCUCAUGGAGAGAUACCUAAAACCUCUUCAAAAAGAAACUUUCCUCACCCAAGAUGAGCUUGAUGUGCUCUUUGGAAAUCUAACCGAAAUGGUAGAGUUUCAAGUAGAAUUUCUGAAAACUCUAGAAGAUGGAGUGAGACUGGUACCCGAUUUGGAAAAGCUUGAGAAAGUCGAUCAAUUCAAGAAAGUGCUGUUCUCUCUGGGGGGAUCCUUUCUGUAUUACGCUGACCGCUUCAAGCUCUACAGUGCCUUCUGCGCCAGCCACACGAAGGUCCCCAAGGUCCUGGUGAAAGCCAAGACGGACCCGGCUUUCAAGGCAUUCUUAGACGCCCAGAACCCGAAACAGCAGCACUCCGCCACUCUCGAGUCUUACCUCAUCAAGCCCAUCCAGAGGGUCCUCAAGUACCCGCUUCUGCUGAAGGAGCUCUUUGCCCUGACAGACGCAGAGAGCGAGGAACACUACCAUCUGGACGUGGCCAUCAAGACUAUGAACAAGGUUGCAAGUCACAUCAAUGAAAUGCAGAAAAUUCAUGAAGAAUUUGGGGCUGUGUUUGACCAGCUCAUUGCUGAGCAGACUGGUGAGAAAAAAGAGGUUGCAGAUCUGAGCAUGGGGGACCUGCUUUUGCACACCACGGUGAUAUGGCCAAACCCGCCGGCCUCACUGGGAAAGUGGAAAAAGGAGCCAGAAUUGGCAGCCUUUGUCUUCAAAACUGCUGUGGUCCUUGUAUAUAAAGAUGGCUCCAAACAGAAGAAGAAACUUGUAGGAUCUCACAGGCUUUCCAUUUAUGAGGACUGGGACCCCUUCCGGUUUCGGCACAUGAUCCCUACUGAAGCUCUGCAGGUUCGAGCUUUGGCAAGUGCAGAUGCAGAAGCAAACACUGUGUGUGAAAUUGUCCACGUCAAAUCGGAGUCUGAAGGGAGGCCAGAGAGGGUCUUCCAUCUGUGCUGCAGCUCUCCAGAGAGCCGGAAAGAUUUCCUGAAGGCUGUGCAUUCCAUCCUGCGUGAUAAGCACAGAAGACAGCUCCUCAAAACCGAAAGCCUUCCCUCAUCCCAGCAAUAUGUACCUUUCGGAGGAAAAAGAUUGUGUGCGCUCAAAGGGGCCAGGCCAGCCAUGAGCAGGGCAGUGUCCGCCCCAAGCAAGUCUCUUGGGAGAAGGAGGCGGCGACUGGCUCGAAACAGGUUUACCAUUGACUCUGACGCCAUCUCUGCCAGCAGCCCGGAGAAAGAGUCCCAGCAGCCCCCCGGUGGCGGGGACACUGACCGGUGGGUGGAGGAACAGUUCGAUCUUGCUCAGUACGAGGAGCAGGAUGACAUCAAGGAGACAGACAUCCUCAGUGACGAUGAUGAGUUCUGCGAGUCCGUGAAGGGUGCCGCAGUGGACACGGACCUCCGGGAGCAGCUCCAGGCUGCCUCCAUCAGUCAGCGGGAGAGAGGCCGGAGAGCCCUGGAUAGUCACGCGUCCCGCAUGACGCAGCUCAAGAAGCAGGCCGCCCUCUCGGGCAUCAACGGAGGCCUGGAGAGCCCGGGCGAGGAAGUCAUUUGGGUCAGGCGGGAAGACUUCGCCCCGUCCCGCAAGCUGAACACUGAGAUCUGACUGUCCUUCCCCCCCAGAGUGUGUGUAGAUACUCGGCCCUCACGCUGCCUCCCCUCCUGUCCCUCUCCUGUCCCCAAGAGGAGGAGAAUGUUCCCUUAGGUCGCACUCUUGCACACACGGUCUUGGCGGCUGACUUUUGUUGCGAAGCCAUGUAGCCACCCAACUUCGUCAUUUCUAACGACAUCGGAAAGGAUUGUUCAGAAUCCCCAAUAAGCUCGAGUCCUAUCUUCUGUAUAUUACUAAGGGCUUUUAUUUAUUCUCAACUAAUCAGGGCCGGAAGAAUUAAAAAAUUAAAAAAAAAAAAAAAAGAUUCUACAGCACUGGAAAGCGAAUGAGCCCCAGGAGUUUAAAGUAUGUACAACGGAUUAGUUGAAGGGAUAGCACAAAAAAAAAAAGUAAUAAAUCAUCAGCAUCAUAAAAAAGUCACUCUAUCUGAAAUCAGUCCAGGAGCCAUCUCUAAGUUGGGGAACCACCUUCAAACAUGAAAUGCCACCAAGCAACUGUACAGCUGAACAGUGUUCUUACUCCUUUCCCUCUUCAAUGUCUGAGAAUAUCUGUGUAUUCUAAGAAUGUGUGAGGAGAUGGUGGACAUGUAUGUUUUGAUGAGCUGUUGUUUUUUGUUUUUUUUCCCUCUCUCUCUUCUGUUUUGGUCUAUGGCUGGUCUUACUCGAUGUCAGUGUCGGAAGUUCUAGUUUUGCAUAGAAUUGUAAAGAUGCCAAACUCUUUGAAAAGAGAUCCAAAUUUAUCACUUGAAAAAAAAAAACACUAUUUUUUGUAUUUUACCUGAGAUGUAGGGGCACAAACAGAUGAGAAUUUUACAGUGUUAGUGUAACUGAGUCUUAAAAAAAAAUGAGGAUUUUACCUUUUACAGAGAGAGUGAGGCGUGGUGAUUUAUAUUUAUAUAUGAAAGGCCAGUGAGAUGCUUAGGAGAAACUUUUUUUCCAAGAAGAAGAUUUCUUUUUGUUUUUUUGUUUUGUUUUGUUUUUUAAUGUUGGAAUCUCUAUCUGAGAUGGGAGCUUGGCUGGAUUAAACGUGACACCCGAAUGGGCGUGUGUGUCUGUUGCACAUGGCGGGGGAGGGGAGACUCCUUCUCAAGGGGUUGCCAUGGUGAUCAUUGGUUUUCCCAUCAAAGUUGCAUCUUCAUCCAUAGAUUACCUGUCCCUUCCCUGACCGUCCAUACCAAACCUCUUAUCAAAACAGCCUUUUCAGAAACAUCCCUUGCGUUUCACACUUUCUCCAUGCCAACGAAACAGGGUAAACAUGCUAAAAAUCUAACGUUCUCAACAGAUUUCCAAACAGGAGGAACAAAAACAAGUUAAAGCACUUUCGAUUUUCUCUUUUUUUUAACGGUUUAUAGCUUUUUUUUUUUCUUCCCAUUUCACAAUGUCCACUUCCUAAGAAGGGUUUAAAUAAUAUGAAAACUUUCUUUUUGGGGAAAAUAUCUAUUUGGUGUUUGACACAUCAGUAGGUACUUUAAAGACCUGAAUUUUAUAGUAGCUUUAGGAAUUAUAUUUUAUAAAAAUCAGUUAUGACUUUAUAUUUCCAGACGAUAGAGUUCAGAAUAUCACGCUCUUCUGCCCCUGCUUGCUUUACCCGCUUUCCUCCCCGUAUCCCUCCCCUUUUUUGGGUUUCCAGGGCUUUGAGCUUGAUCUUUUGAAAGUUUUAUUCUAUUAAAUUUUUGCUAUAUCUUCUGAUUUUCUUAAAAAGCUUUAGAAUGGUUUCUAUACCCUUUGUACCACUGCAUUGUUCCAUAUCACCUCCAGUUCGAUUGUGUCCGGAUGGAAAACUGAAGCAGAGACUUCUGAUGAGUCACACUUACUGACCCCAGUGCAACAGUUCCGUCUGAAAAAAUGCUGGAAAGUCUGGUGCUUAGAGAGGGUGCCAUUGUCUCUUGUACAUAAGGUCAUGACGUGUCUAUGUCAAAAGUUCUUAUAUAUUUCUUUUAUAAGCUGAAAGAAGGUCUAUUUUUAUGUUUUUAGGUCUACGAAUGGAACGUUGUAAAUGCCUGUCAAACAAUAAAAAUACUGAAAAGUA